AUGGAACAAAACAACGACACUCAAGCCCCUGUUGCUGCUGCUGCUGCCAACCAGCCUCCUCCACCUCCUCCUGGCGGUGGUCGCGGUGGUCGUGGCGGUGGUCGUGGCGGGGGUCCCGGUCGUGGUGGUAUCAGGAAGGAGCUCAUCGCCAGAGGUGGUCAUCGGGGUGGUGGCCAGGGUCACUGGGGUGGUCGUGGAGGCAUUCACGGCCAGCAAGCCCCUCCUGACCAGCAGCAGGCCCCGGAGAGACGCCAAAACGCCCAGCAACCUGAAGCUGCGGCCAACAACGCGGCCCCGGCUCCGGCUGGUCAAGCCGCAGGUCCUAACUGGCAGGUUGAUGCCCUCGUGGCUCAACUGCAGCAGGUGGACCCAAAUCAGCUCGCAGCAGCAAUGGAGCGACUGCAAUAUAAUCGUGAGCCCAAGGAAGAAGGGAGACAAGAUGCGCAAAUGCGCGAAUAAAUUUUUUUCCCCCAAGAGGGUUUUUUUUCUGAGAUAAGAUGCCGGCUUC